UGAUCGAGGAGCAUUAUUGAUGAAAGGAGAGAACUGUAUGUAAACAACACAGAUCUCUCCCCUGUCACCUCCUGCACACUGCUUUGUAUGGCUCUGCAUAUCAGAGCAAUAUCAAAGCAAUGUGCUUACAGUUGAAAGCACACACACAGCACACACAGGUAACCCUUUGAUCACCACAGAUGUUAACCCCUUCCUGCCCAGUGCCAUUAUUACAGCAUCAGUGCUUUUUGAUCACUGUAUUGGUGUCACUGGGGAUGUCAGCGACACCAAGUCAGUUCCCCCCCAGUGUCAGAAUGCCUGCUGCAGUCCUGCAGUCCCACUAUAAAUCACUG